GUUUCGAUCCUUUCGGAAGGAUUUUUCCCGCAGCGGGUCCGCGCGUCGCGUCACGCGUUUCUGUGUUCAAAGAUUGUAGACAGGGCUUCACACCGCAAAACGUCAAAACGUGUGUGUGUGUGCGUUACGAAAAGGGAAACAAAAGGGAAGAAAGCGAAACGCGUGGUGGGGCAAACAAAAGGGGGAAGUAACGGAUUAAGAUUGUGAGGUUAGUACCGGAAUCGCGGAGGGAAGUUCCGGAUUCGGGGAAGAGCGCGCGCGUUCCGGGGUCCUUGACUCGGCCAACAAAACCAACACAAGAGCGCAAUAAUUCUGACGCAGUGUGAAAAGGCAGAAAGAGAGUGGCAGAAAAAAAUCCGGCCUGUGGCUACACUGUGUCUACGGAUGGCGGCAGCGUGAGGGUCGUUCCGAAGUGUGGGGUGUGAGUGGACGGGGUGGGGACGACGAAAACAGUGGCCAUUCUGGUGCAGCAUCCGGUGUAUACCGAGUGUACAGAUAUAUACAGUAGAGGCCGCAGACUCUCGCUCGCGCGCGCACACACACGUCACGUCAUGAGAUGGGGCAGAAUGGAAAAUGCAUUUUAGGAUCGGAUCCCGGCACGUUGGCCAUGGUAAAUCCGACGGUGAGGAACCAGGCCGGGAAUCCGUGCUGGUGGAAGUGAGCCGACGACGACGACGACGGCAUGUGUGUCAUUUUGUGAAUGAAAAUCGAUAUCGUGUUCUGGUUUAGCUCUCGUGAGUGUGGUGAGGAAUGGAAAAAAGCUGCGACGACGGCCGGCAGUCCCUAACCUAGAAAUCCCCUGGACACGGUUCCGAAACAGAAGAGAAGGAAAAAAACCCGGAACGACCGGAACUCCGGAAAAGGGCGCGCGAGCGCGUAAAUUAUUCCGUUAUUCUGCCCCCAAAUUGGCCCGCGAAAUCCCGACGUUCACCUGGAAUUAUUUAUUGAUGCCGCGUUUCCGCGUCCCCGGAUUUACUGUACCGUGUUAACGACCGAUCCCGGGCUCGGUCCGGAUGUGAAAGUGCUUCCUCUAGAGAAAGCAACAAAAAAUAGCAGCAGUGUGGCCCCGUUUCGUUCAAGUCGCGGCAUGAAAGUUUAAUCGCUGGGUUAAACCCCGACCGAAAGGUGGUUAAGUUCGGUUAAGAGUGUAGCUGUCAAAAAGCGAGCGCGCGCGUAAACAAAGAUGGCGCCCCAGACUGAACCGAGCGCGCAGCGAUCGCGACCAGACGCGUCGAAAAAUGUAAAGUUAUGAUGCCUCAGUGUGUUGUCUUCCUAAGUUAAAAACUACACCACAAAACUCACGCACGUCAAAACAAACAAUAACAACGCACCACUUCAACCACUUCUGUCACGGUGAAGGCCCACACAAAACUGUCAACCGACCUCCUCAAAAAAAUCACCCACACCGCUGUCCCGCUGUCACUCUGUUUACAUCACAAACUAUUCACCCUACCACCCCCCUCUCUCUCUCUUUCUCUCUACUUGAUCAAAACAACAAUCAAAACAAAAGAAACAUUUUUCCUAGUGUGUAUGUGUGUGUGUUGCGCUAAACGAAUCCCGCGUUAAACCUAACGAGUAAAAAAAAUAAAUAAACAAAUCCACUUGCCACUACUAGCAUAACUAAUAAUAAAAGCAAAUCAAAAAAAAAAAAAGUUGUUCGCAUUAAACGAAACCUAGUUAAACCAGACGUUAAAGCCAUUUAAUCAAAACAAAACAAAAAAUAGUAAACAAGUUAAUAAAACGUCAAAAUUUUCACGACGGCAACGAGCCAUCUCUCAACGCCUCCUCCGUUAAACCUCCUAGAUAACCAAGCCGACGUGCCGCGCGCGUGUCCGAGCCCGAAGCCGACAGUCUUAUGAGCAGCCGUUCUUACUACCGGUCUUACUACUAAAUCUACCACUACUACUACUAACUCCGCAACGACAACCGUACUCAAAAUGGAGCUGGUCACGACGACCGCGACGCUGGUGCUGAUGUUGACGCUGGUGGCGCUCAUGUUGCUGCUGCCAGCGCACGGCGUGAUGGCCAGGCGGCCGGAUGGUUCUGGGGCAGGUGGAACUGCCGCCGGCGGGCCGAUGGCCGACCUGCUGCUGAUGAGCAGUGCCCGGAUGGUGCUGGCGCUGGCCGGGACGCUCGGCCGGCUCGGCUGGAUGUGGCUGCUGGUGGCGGUGCCAGUGGUCAACGCGGGUUAUCACGAGAAGCGACUGCUGCACAACCUGCUCGACAACUACAACGUGCUGGAGCGGCCCGUCGUCAACGAGUCCGACCCGCUGCAGCUGAGCUUCGGGCUGACGCUGAUGCAGAUCAUUGAUGUGGACGAGAAGAAUCAACUUCUGAUCACCAACAUUUGGCUGAAAUUGGAGUGGAACGACAUGAACGUCCGGUGGAACUCGACGGAGUACGGGGGCGUCCGGGACCUGCGGAUACCACCGCACCGCCUCUGGAAGCCCGACGUCCUCAUGUACAACAGUGCGGACGAGGGCUUCGACGGGACGUACCCCACCAACGUGGUCGUCCGGAACAACGGGUCGUGUCUGUACGUUCCGCCCGGCAUCUUCAAGUCCACCUGCAAGAUCGACAUCACGUGGUUCCCGUUCGACGACCAGCGCUGCGAGAUGAAGUUCGGCUCGUGGACGUACGACGGCUUUCAGCUGGAUCUGCAACUUCAGGACGAGGGUGGCGGUGAUAUCAGCAGUUUCAUAACGAACGGCGAAUGGGAGCUGUUGGGCGUGCCCGGCAAGCGGAACGAGAUCUACUACAACUGCUGCCCCGAGCCGUACAUCGACAUCACGUUCGCGAUCCUGAUCCGCCGGAAGACGCUGUACUACUUCUUCAACCUGAUCGUGCCGUGCGUGCUGAUCGCGUCGAUGGCCCUGCUCGGCUUCACACUGCCACCGGACUCCGGCGAGAAGCUGUCACUCGGAGUCACCAUUCUGCUGUCACUCACUGUCUUCCUCAACAUGGUGGCGGAAACGAUGCCGGCCACCUCGGAUGCUGUGCCUCUGUUAGGAACCUAUUUCAAUUGCAUCAUGUUCAUGGUGGCCUCCUCGGUAGUGUCCACCAUCCUGAUCCUGAACUACCACCACCGGAACGCGGACACGCACGAAAUGUCGGAUUGGAUUCGCGUGGUCUUCCUAACCUGGCUGCCGUUCCUGCUCCGGAUGUCGCUGCCCGGGGACUCGCCCCCGCAUCCGUGCCGCCAGAACGUGGACGAAAAGAACAAACAGCUGCAGGAGGUCGAAAUGCGAGAACGGUCCUCCAAGUCCCUGCUCGCGAACGUGCUGGACAUCGACGACGACUUCCGGUGCAACCACCGGUGCAGCACGCUGCCGCACAAUCCGACCUACUACCGAACAAUGUACCGUGGGGACGAUGGUCCGAUGGGCCCGGGCGGCCCUGGCGGUGGCGGCGGAACCGAUACCAUCGGACGCAGUGGUGGCGGCGGCGGUGGCGUCGGCCUGGGAACGAUCAGUGCUGCCAGCGGGGUCGUCGGGGGACGACUGCACGAGACGGUUUCCUCGCACACCUGCCUGAGCUCGUCCGCCGAGUACGAACUGGCGCUGAUCCUGAAGGAGCUGCGGUACAUCACGGACUCGCUCCGCAAGGAGGACGAGUCCGGCGAGGUGACCCGGGAGUGGAAGUUUGCCGCGAUGGUGGUCGACCGGCUGUGCCUUAUCAUCUUCACCCUGUUCACGCUGAUCGCGACGCUGGCUGUAUUAUUCUCGGCGCCCAAUUUUAUAUUCUCAUAACAACCAUCGGCAUCAGCAGCAUCGUCCUCCUCGUCCUCCACUUCCGCCGCAACAACACCGACAACAACAACCCUCCUUUCCGCAACUACUGCUCCGACAACAACAACAACAACUGCGACUGCAACACAGGGUGACGUCGGCGUCGUCUCGUGGAUCCUGCUCGGCGGAACGCUCGCCACCGUUACGGUCGUGCUGGUUGCGGCCCUGGCCACCCUCGCCCUUCUCCUGGCACUGGCCCUGGUCCUGCUCGGCAACGGGACGCUCACGCAACUACUCGCGGUGACUGAUUACAAGUUAAGAAAAUAUGUUCAUAUUUUCGUAAAGAAUUUUAAAUUGAUUAACGACGCGUAAGGACGGCGCCGCCAUCUUGAAAACAAAGGAGGCGCGCGCGCGUGCGCAAAGUGUAAACAAACACGCAGCAAUGGAGGGCUAACUAGAGUGACAGGUAAAGAUACAAAAGACAGACGGUUUUAACACACAGUUACACGUUACACUCGACGACAUCGGAAGAAAUACUAAAAAAACAUUUUCUCGUCUACUUUUUUAGACUUUUCCUUUUUAUAUAAGUAAGGGAAGCGUGAAAGUAAACAAAAAAACUAGCGGCGAACGGCGACCGAAACGUAGUGAAAAAAGUUGAAUUUUUACCUUUUUAGAUGAGUUGACUUACGAGACAGUGUAUACUAUAAACAAAAGUCGUAGCAAAUUACUGAAUUACAUCCGGUUUCUAUUUACAGUGAAACGAACAGAAAAUCAAACAAAAACUAAACACACGCUUACUCGCGUGAUUGAUUGAUUGUACAUAACUGAUAGAUUUUAUUAGACAAAUUAAACACCACACACUCACAUUUAACAAUCGUCUAAUCCCCACUUCUAGCAAAAAAAAAAACAAAAACAAACCAUGUUCUGUAAAUAAUUUUAAACUCACUACUAAUCCCCACAAAAUAAUCCCGUUUCACCUUAAACUUUUCGGUUGGCAACACUGACCCACAAGCGUUCGCCACUUUUAUUUUGAUUUCGUUCGACCACGAAGCUUCAAAAUCGCUCAGAUUUCGUCGAGAUCGAACUCGCUUCGAAAAAUAAGUUUUGAAGCAACUGUCAAAUUUUGGGUACAUUUUACUCAAAAUCCUAUAAAAAUGAGUAAACAUCAAAAAGAUUUAAGGCAAAGUAAGCUAUUUUUGUUUUGCAAACAUAAACAAAGCAGCAUCCAUUGGCGUACGCAAGCAAUGACAUAACCUCACCUUUCGGCUUCCUCAGCAAACGUCAAAACAGUGCGAAAGUUCUGCAGGAUCUUUUCCGAAAGAAACAGUGGCGUCGAUUUGACAACCGCACCACUAAAAUGCUUGUACCUAACAAUGCUUGAGAAUAAACAAACGAGUUUUAAUGAGUGAGCUUGAAUUAACCAAAAAAUUUAGCACGCAAUGUAAACAAAAACAAACACGUUUUGUUUGGUUGACUAUUCUGUGCGCUGUCCCGAAGUUUGGUUGAAUUUGGUUGCCGGAGUCCCGAGUUAUAAUUACAAAUGUUUACGGUAGUCGGGCUUGUACGUGUGUCAAACGCGUUCUGACCUGAAAUUCCUUUGGUCAGUUGUAGCACUUACAGCAAUUUUCAGGGUGAGUCAAGACGGCACGACAAGUUUGAACCUUCUUUCAUGUGAAAAGUUACAACAAUGCACAUAGUUUUUUUCCGUUUUUUUAAUAUCUCAGGAUUGAAAUCGAAUUUUGGAGAUCGGAGAAGGUCAAAAGAUGAGGCAUUGCGAGCUGCACAAAAUGUCGUUCUUAACUCAAUUUGGCCCAAAAUGCACGUGCGACAAGAUACUCAUUUCUAGGUAGGCUAAGUCUUGAGAAAAUCUGAGUCAUUUUGGAUGUGCGUGUAGAGAAAUUUACCUAAAUCAUAACAGUUUUUUCAAACCCCAGUUUUGAGUAAAUUUGAGUUCGACCUAAUUUUGAGUGAUUUUGGAGGCGGGUGAAAUGUUACUUAAUUUAGCGUAAAACUUACGCUAUCCUAACCAAAAUUUAAAAAAAGAAGAAAAAGUCGCAUCAAACUUAUUGAAAACAAACAAAAACAAAACACACACAUUAGUUAAUCAAACGUAUUACAGUUUUAUAUCUUAGCAACUUUUUAUACUCUAAAACUAUAGAAAAACAAAUCAAAGCUAGAAAAAAAAUUAGUUCAGUGAAAAGCAAAACUAUACCCAAAAAAUGGACAAAAUAACGUAAUCGGAGGACGCCACAGAAAACCCUCUACCGGCUGGCGCAAUUAACGCGUCACGUCAGCGCCUGACAGCUGUCAUAUAUGGUAGCGAGUAGUGACAGCAGCGCGGCGUGUCGUGAAACAUUUGUACGUAACGCAACCACAUGUUGACAUUGUUUACAAACAAAACGAAACUAAUAGGGCAGAGAAAAAUAAAACACAUUUUGUUUUUCAAUGAAUCCGUAAAUUUAUUAUUAGAUAAAACUUAAAAUCAAAUUUUCAAACAUGAUUUACAAUAUUUGACAUUAUUUUCCUGUCGAUAGUUUACAGCACUGUUUUGGGUAACGCCCCCUUGAAAAAAAAUAUAGAAACGAAAAGUUAUCCACUUUAACGAUCCCCGAGUCUUUUGUGAUCUCUGUUCCAAGUUUCUGCUCAUAAAUUUUGGCCGAAAAAUGCUCAAAUUUAGUAAAUUACUGAAAUUUUUAGAAAAAAAAAAUUAUUUGAAAAAUAAAUAAAAUUUUGAUGUCCAUAACUAAUUUAAAAAAAAUACGUUUC